AUGCAUGAAUUCAGUGAGGCACAGAAACUCAUUCAGUUCCUAUCAGGGCUAAAUGAAACUUACUCCACUGUUAAGAGUAACAUUUUAAUGAUGAGUCUUGUUCCAAGUGUGGAGAAGGCAUAUUCUAUUCUGAUCAGAGAUGAGAAGCAAAUGAAAAUUAAUUCUAGUUCCCAACCUUUUUCUUCUGAUUCCACUUCUUUCAUAGCCAACUCCAAUUCCAAUUCUGGUCCUAAUCAACCAAAUACCACCAGAAAUUUUACUCAGAGGGUGAACUUUGAACCUAGGAGAACCACACUAACUUACAAGUAUUGCAAAAAGCCUGGUCACACUGUAGACAAGUGCUACAAGCUAUAUGGAUUCCCACAAGAUUUUAGAUUUACCAAGGGAAAAAGGGUUGCUGCCUGUGUCCAGAUUGAGUCAACAAAUCAGACUUCACCCAAGCCUGAUUCAUCCCAAACUGAAGACAUUCCACAUGGGUUUUCCAAGGAACAAUAUGCUCAUCUUAUGUCUCUAUUCCAUCAGAUGCAGAUGUCUUCUCCAAAUCAACAGUCUACAUCUCAAGACUAUCCAAUCUAUGCAAAUAUUGUAGGUUGGCAUGACAAUCCUGGCCCUUCUCCGAAGAGGCCAUUCAAAAUUGGUAAGGUUGAGCAUGGACUAUACAUUAUGAGAUUGUCAUCUCAUGGUAUUGCUGCAGUUGAUCCUUCUCAAGCAAAUGCCUGUCCAAUUUCUUCUUUUCCUAAAUCUGAUUCAAUUCCUAUUUUUUCUGUUCAUGAUUCUGUAGUUGAUAGUUCUAAUGUUGUUCCAGUUGCUUGUAAUUCUAGUUCUAUUAAUAAAAAUGAUGUACUCUGGCAUAAAAGAAUGGGACAUAUACCUUUUGUAAAAAUAGUUUCUAUUCCUCAUUUGUCUGGAAAAUUUUCUUCUAGACAAUCUUUCACAUGUACUAUAUGUCCAAUGGCUAGACAACAAAGGCUACCAUUCCCUGAAAGCUCCAUACACUCUGACAGACCUUUUCAACUUGUACACAUUGACCUAUGUGGGCUUUACCACACUGCUACAUAUAAUGAAUUCAGAUAUUUUCUGACCAUUGUAGAUGACUACAGUAGGGUCACCUGGACACAUCUCCUUUCCUGUAAAGGUAAUGCAUUUUCCAUCAUCAAAUCCUUUAUUGCCAUGGUGUGUACACAAUUUUAUGCUUCUAUUGAAACUAUCAGAACUGAUAAUGCAUUUGAAUUAGGAUCUGCUCAUUCACAUGCUUCAUAUCUCACUUCUCUUGGCAUUUCACACCAAAUUUCUUGUCCACACACUCCUCAACAAAAUGGAAUAGUAGAGAGGAAACAUACACAUUUGUUAGAGACUGCUAGAGCCCUUCUUUUUCAAUCCAAACUGCCUGCCAAAUAUUGGGAGGAGUGUGUCCUUACUGCAACUUACCUCAUCAACAUAUUACCUUCCACUAUUCUUUCUAACAAAACACCAUAUGAAGUAUUACUUGAUCAUCCUCCUAAAUAUGGUCACCUCAGAUCAUUUGGAUGCCUAGCAUAUGCAACUUUUCCCCAUCCUUCCAGGGAUAAACUGGAUAUCACCUUUGUUGAGCAUAUCUUUCCAUCUACUUUUACACCUUCUGGUUUCUUUCCUUCUUCUACUUCCUCCUUUUUUGAUCACAUCACUCCUAAUACUAUUCCUACUUUUACUUCUUCACCAUUUCCCUCUUCUGAUCCUGCUACUACCUCUUCUGAUCCUUUUCAUACUUCUGAUCAUGCUACUUCUCCUUCUUCACCCUUUCAUUCUUUUGUUUCUUCUCCUGAACCUGGUUCUGUUCCUUCACCCAAUAUUACACACAACACAUAA